AUAUCCCCAGUCCGUACCGAAAUGAUCGCUUGCAUCUAGGCUCACCAGUCUGCGCACAAUGUCAGCCUCCGCCGCCAUAUAAGAAACAGAGUAUGGCAGCGAGGAUCCUCCCCCUCCUCCACAAGUCAGAGACGACGGUCAACAUCACGCGUACCAAUCAUGAAGUUGACGGCUGCCCCGGUGCUCCUCGCCCUCGCAUGGCUUCGACCGUCGCAGGCUGCGCCAACACCCGACCUGCCGCUCGGUCUCGACAUGCUCGCCGGGUCUAUGUCGCCGCCGGCGCAAGCAUCCAAGGUCACCCUUCCGUUCGCGCGGCGCGUCGGUUACGCGAGCAGUAACAAUAUCGUCCAGUUCGACCAGGCGCGAGCGCAGUUCCUCCGCGAUCGCGCGCAAGGCAAGUACGUCGGGGUCAGCUCCGCUACCGAGGCUGCGUCCGCGGUCAACGUCGAUGCCACGUCGAGGAUCGUCAGUUACACAGCAAAUGUGCAAAUCGGGGAUCCGCCUACCAAUUAUAGUCUUCUCAUUGACACGGGUAGCUCUAAUACCUGGGCCGGCGCGAACAUGUCGAAUCCUUACGUGUUUUCCGAGACGACGGUGGUAACGCCGAACACAGUGUUUGUCUCGUAUGGGUCCGGCUUUUUCGGAGGGGUCGAAGUCAUGGACCAGAUCUCCCUGGGGCCUGAGCUCACAAUUACAAUGCAAGGUUUGGGUGCUGCCUUGGUUUCCUCAGGGUUUGACGGCGUAGACGGGAUCAUGGGCAUCGGGCCACAGGACCUUACUUGUGGUACUCAGUUACCUGGGCUGAACGAGUGUGUCCCGACUGUGGUGGACAAUGCGUGGAAGCAAGGCCUCCUGGAAGCGUACGAGAUCGGGAUAUCAUUCACUCCCUCCACAACGCAGGCCGAGAUGAAUGGAGAGCUCACCUUCGGUGGAAUAGACGAACGCAAGUACAAAGGGACCUUAAACUACGUCAACAUAACAUCGACUAGCCCCGCGAGUCAUUACGUAGGCAUCGAGCAGACCGUGACGUACGGCGGGACAGAAAUUCUCAGCCCUACGGCAGGCAUUAUCGAUACUGGAACGACGCUCCUCCUACUGGCAACGAACGCAUUCGACGCAUAUCAGAAUAUGACGGGUGCUACCAUGGAUCAGACCACCGGGCUGCUCCAGAUCGAUGAGGAGCAAUACGAAGCACUCGAAAGUCUGUACUUCAGCAUUGGCGACACCGUAUAUGAAUUCACACCAGAUGCUCAACUCUGGCCUCGCUCCUUGAACGAAUACAUUGGCGGCGACCCGGAUGGCAUCUACCUGAUCGUGUCCGACAACGGGGCAGUCGCCGGCAGCGGCCUCGACUUCAUAAACGGCAUGGGGUGGUUGGAGCGAUUCUAUACCGUGUACGACGUUGGAAACAGCCGAGUAGGAUUUGCGACGACGAGCCACACGCACUCCAAGAGCAACUUCCGCACCAACUGAGGCCUGGGGAAGAGGCUCUGAGGAAUCGAAGAUGGGAUGUUGUCCGAGCCCGAGUCGGUCGCGCGACGAGCACAGAUCGCGCAUCACGUGCGUUCAUGUACGGAGUCCGUACGCGUAGACACGCGUGUAAUAAUUACUUACUU